GGGUCAGCAAACGGCACUUAAAGCAAAUGUCAUUGGUGGUACUGACUCUAACAACGUUGAGUUACGUGUUACUUUUUCCCGGGCGAAGGACAUGGAGACUAAACAAUGACUUGAAGCCAGGAGUCAGAAAUACUCAGAAAGGCCGUCGGUCCGAGGAAAACAAAGGCACUAUGAUUCUUGCUGUACCCGGAUAUGUGUCAACAUUUGACUUGACAAGUCGAUCAAAAGCUCCUUUUUUUAGGAAUCAUACCAUGAUAAACAAAAACAAGCCGAAUGGACCGCUGGGGGAAUUCGUUAAACAGAAACGCGUUCAACGGUUCCGUAGUCCAGUAUUACUCAAAGGGCAGGUUUGGGAACCACAGCCAAACAUGCCUGACAUUAAUAGGGAUAUAGGUGUCAAGAUUACCCCCACGACCUGUGACCUCGAUGAUAAUCCUGUAGAUCAGAAAGGAAUCUUUCUUUUAAUACUCAUCCUCAGCGCUGUGAAGAAUUACAAAGAGAGAAUGGCCAUUCGGCAGACGUAUGGAAGCAUCAACAGCUUUCACCACCGUGAAAUACGUCAAUUGUUUUUAUUAGCACAAAUAGAUGACGACACGGAAAUGCGUAGGGUUAGUGACGAGAGUGAAAGUUUUUCAGACAUCAUUCAAUUUGAUUUCAAAGAUACAUACCGGAAUCUUACACUGAAAACAGUUGCUGGUUUGACGUGGGUUUCAGAGAAUUGCAAAACUAGAUACGUGUUGAAAACAGAUGAUGAUGUUAUGGUGUUUACCGAAAGGAUCGUUGGGUUUUUAGAGGGGCUGUCUAAGAAAGAGGAAGAAAACCUUUACAGUGGGUGCACUCAUCAUGGUGUUGGUAUAGUUAUCCGGAACCCAAGGAGUAAGUUCUACGUGUCGGAAAGUGUGUAUCCAUACAGAAACUACCCGCCGUACAACUUCGGCCUCGGAAUACUCAUGUCCAGACGCGUGGUCGGACGAUUCGCCAGGGCUUGGAAGAAAGUGCCUUUCAUCCCGGCGGAAGAUGUGUUCAUCGGACUUCUAGCUAAAUCAACCAGGAUAGUUCCCACCUGUAACAAAGCCAUCACAUGCAGCGGCUCCACAAAUAACAAGUAUUUUCUCAAACAGAUCCCAACGUUUUGUAGCUUCGCCAAUGUGAUGCUAAUUCCCCUGAACGUUGGUCCAGUAAUCAUGAAACAGAGCUGGGAACAUUAUGCUAAGAAUGUGAAACGAGAAACACAAUGCUGGACACAGAACUAUUUUUUCGAAAACAUCUGUGAUUGGUACCCAAAGGAAUUGGUUCUUCCGAAAUCGUAGUGCAAAUAAGACCACGUUGUAUGCUACAGUAUAUUCGAUUUUGACUAUCAGGGACCUCGGCCGGUUGUUCAACAUAAGUUACGUCACUUACUUUAGCGUUAUCUUUUAACUUUGGGUUAUCUCCCUGAGUAAAGUCAGUGCGGCCUAAGCCAAAGCUCUGUUAGUACAUUGUAGGCCCGACGGAGUGCUCGAUUUGGGCUUAUAGUCUGCAUUCUUCUCAUAAUUAUAAGGGUACUAGCAUUGUACCCGUGGCGCAGGCAGGUUC